AUGGCGAUGGACUCGCCCCACUCCGAGUUCUCCGAUAAGGUGGCGACGCGCAGCGACAGACAGCGGCGCUGCUGCUGCUGUGCCAUCGGUCUCGGGCUCGUCGUCACUGGCGCCGUCGUCGCAGUGCUCGCAGUGCUCUACGGCACAGUCGUACCGGCCGUGCUCGACAGUGCAGUCAGCGACGGCGUCGUGGUCUGCACGGCCUCCGAUGGCGCGGAGCAGAGCUACGUGGACCCGUACGGCGACUGCGACGACUGCGCGCCGUACUACUCGAGUCUCUACAUGAUGAACGCGACCAACGCCGAGGCGUACCUCGCGGGACGAGCCGACACGCUUCAGGUCCGCGAGCGCGGGCCGUACACCUACCGCCGGCGCCAACUGAAGCUCGACGUCCAGUUCCUCGACGACGGCAGCCGCGUGAGCUACAAGGAGUACACGUACCACACGUUCGUGCCGGACCGCAGCUGCGCCGGCUGCUCGGACGCCGACGUGGUCACAGCUCUGGAGUUGGGCUACAUGAACGUCAUUGCUCAGGCCGGCGGGGAGGCGGCGUUCCUCACGCGGCUGGCGAUGGGCUCUUUCGCGGCGCGGAGCAACGCCAGUGAUGUCGCUGCUAUUGUGGCCGAGAGCGGUCCGCAGAUGAUGCGCUGGGUCAACGGCCUGAACUCGAUGGACCCGGAGGCCAUGCGCACGGUCACGAACAACAGCGCCGUCCUGGGCUUCCUGGCCAUGGGGCCGAGCGCCAUCGCCGACUUGGACCUCUCGGGCUUUGCCUACAACGGCCUCUUUGCCAGGCGCACGGUCUCCCAGUGGGCGCUCGGCUACCCGAGUCUGCUCGCCGGCUUGGGGCUCGGCUCGCACUACGUCCGGAUGUGUGCGGUUCCAGGCGGUCUCAACGAGCAGUGCGCUGCGUGCGCCAACAGCACGAGCGACGAGUGCCUCGCGCUCUUCGGCGAGUGCUUCCAGUGCGCCCGCGGGGCCGGCCUUGUGGCUGUCAACGACGAGACCUGCGCCGUCGUCGAGGCCACGUACGCGGCUGCCUUCGGUGCCGAAGAAGCGGCUGCGUUCGUGGCCAGCACGUGUCAGCUCUGCAGUUCGCUCGGGCUGUGUGCAGCUCCGCUUCCCGGUGCCGUGGAGUCGAGCGGUCGCGACUUCUCCGCGACGGCCCCCGAUGCGUCGAGUCUGGGCACGUACACGAUGCGCACGGGUUGCGACGACGAGAACCACAUCAACGAGUACGAGGAGUACGAUGGCUACCGGACCACUGCGCUGUGGGCGGACUUGGGCGAGCGUCGCAACCCGACGCUACGAGAGAUGACUGCUUUUGCCACGUACGGCAACUGUGCCGCCCCUCCGUCCAACUUGACAUGCAGCCCCGUGCGCGGCAGUGACGGGACGAGCAUUGCCCCGGGCGGCGUGAGCAUCACUGGCUUUGAGGACGAGAUCUCUGUGGAAGGGCUGUCGAUCUACUUCAGCCAGGGCAAGCAGAACCUCACGCUGGUGAACCAGCACGAGGAAGUGGAGUACAAGGGCAUUACGCUGCACCGCUUCCGUCCCUCGGACCAGGUGCUCGCGGCGUCUGCCGAGAACGCCAACAUGGGUACGGCUUCGCCAGUGGACGGCGUGCAGGCCCUGUCGUUUUCAGUGGGGUUCUUGGCCUACGCCUCGUUCCCCAUGUUCCUCUACGGCGACGAGACAUUGACAACGAACGUGCAGAUCACCAUGAGCGACGGCGUGCGAGUCGGCCAAGAGACGCUGUACGACAGCGCCGGUGCUUUGCAGAGCAAGUACUUGGACAAGUACGGGACGUUUGUGGACAUUGAGGCCGGCACGGGCAAGACCAUGCGCGCCUUUAAGCGCUUGAUGGCCUCGUACGCGCUGUCGGCCUCGUCGCUGAACAGCUCCCGAGCAAUGAGCGACGUGCUGUAUCCGGCUUUGGAGACCGAAGUGGUGGUUCCGAUCUACUGGGCCGAGGAGGGCUCAGCCAUCACGGACUCGCGCGCGAAGAGCUACAACUCGCUGGUGUCGCUGCUCAACUCGUUGCUGCCAGUGCUCAUCGUGGGCGUCGUGGUCGGCUCGAUCUGCAUUGGCGUCGGCGUCUUUUUCUACUACCGGCGUCGGCAUCGCACUGCUACGGCGUGA